UCUCUCUCACCAUCUAUCAACAAAUACCAUCCUUCUUUCUCCAACCACCAUCCUCGUGCUCAAGCGGACUUGUCAUCAUCCUCUUCUGCUCUUCCUCAUCGCCUCUUUCUUCCACCCCGCACCGCCAAUCGUCUAUUGAGGAACGAUAAUUACCCACCCGGCGGAUACCCCACUGUCUUUGUCACCACCACCCAACCCGCAUACACCCCAGGACCAUAGCUCACAUCCCACCCAGAUAGUGGCCCACGAUGGCCCAGUACAUCCCAGGCUCGUCCGUCACCCUCUCCGCCGCGACAAAGGCCCUCGAACGUCUCCCUGUACCCGACGACUCGGACGUGCUCACAAAUGUCCCGCGUAUAUGCGUCGAUUACCUCUCCCACGACUGGGAGGAGCAGGAUGUAUGGGCGUCAUGGCGCAGCAUGACGCGGCAUAAGAACGAGAUUGCGAACGGGACUAGGCUCGAGAACGCUAGUUGGAGAACAUGGUGGAAACAGAGAAAUCAUCUCAAGACGGUCUCACCAGAGACGCUCAAUUGGCUCAAGGACUCGGACGUGACGUGGUUAUACGGUCCGUUACAUACAGCCGCCGACCCCAUCCCCCCGCCUAAAGUCGCGACACUGAGCGAUAAGCUCGGCUUGGAGCCCGAAACCUCAUUGAACAACAAGCGACCUAUGCCCGACCGGCAUUCGAGCGAGAAAACUGUGCAUACGACGGCGAAGCCAACCAAACCCAUCCUCAAGCAACGUACGGUCGGCGAGAUGUUCCGUUCGUUCUCGACCGCGCAUCUGCGAGACUCGGACAAUGAGAGUGGUCAUAAUGUUCCCGUCGGAGGAAUUGAGAGCGAUAGUGAUGCACACUCGAUAAACGGUACCCAGGUAAAUAACCGGGCUGCAGUAUCCCUUUCUGGCAGACCACCGCUUGCGCACACAAAGAGUGAUUCUGCGGCGACUACGCGGCGACAACUCGCUGGUGGACGACGCGCCUCUCCUGGCUCGGCAAUGCACUUUGGUGCGGAUUCGAGCCCCGAUUCCGGCUCAAAUUCCGGUACAAGCCUGCACGAUGCAGGACGCACAAACGACGGGAAAAAGCACAUCAGCUUCAACACAUUUGUUGAGCAAUGUGUUGCUUAUCCGCCGGAGCAGAACGGGUCCAGUCGAAGGGACAUGUUCAUCGAUCAUGUUGGAGGGAUGCGGCCUGUGGAUGUGGACAUGAUGGACGAGGACGAGUAUGAUUAUGCUUGGGCACAGACUCAGAGCCAUGAGCGUGAUGGGGGUUAUGACAGGGACCACGAGGAUGACGACUAUCUUACCUUCAAGACAAAACGUAGGGGCAGUGAAAUUGCCAAUCCACCCGCCGUUGUCACAUCAUCUUCAUCAUCCGCUUCCUCGUCGCCCGCAGUCACACCUCUUGGAGCCGGUAACGCAAGGUCAACACCAAAUCGCGUCGAACCGGUGCCAGCAGCCGAACAACCUCUCACAAUCCGCAAGAUCGCCCCAACAGUCCUCAAGUCAUCAGGCAACUUCCCAUCCCCGAGUCCUGCUCUCGUAUGUGUCCUACCGCCAGGAGUAGUGCUCGAUGGUUUCGGAGGUGCUAAGACCGGGCCAUUAAGCCCCGGUUACGUGAGCCAGGGGUACGAUGAUCUCCCUAUCCAACGAUCAGAAAAGCAGCGCGAUCGUGAUAUGCUCCUCCGUGGUGGACGCACAACAUGGCGAGGGCGUUCAAGCGAGAGCCGCGCUGGUGGCAGUCCACACCUUUACACGAUGGACGAAGAUGACUUGGAGGACGAUGACGACGCGAUGCAUAUCGACUACUUUAGCGUGCAGCCGCAGAGUUACAGAUAUAGCUAUGGACAGUCACCACAAGCGGACUAUGGCGUAGGCCAGGAGUACAUGAUGGGCGGUGGAAGCAGAAAUUCACGUGGUCGUCCGCAAGCAGCAUAUUAUCCUGAGGCCGGACUUGGCGGAAUCGUCGUUGCCAGCACUGGUCCGCAGAGGCGACAUUCCAACGGUGCCGUCUCUGGCCGGGGGAGGAGCAAUUCUGGCUCUUCUGCGCAAGCUCCAGUAUCACCUCGCCUCGGGUCGAGCGGGAAGAGCAUUCUCAGGGACCGCCCACUGGGGUCGAACGAGCGCCAUGUUGGGCGUGCAGGGACAAGCUCACCCGUACCACCAGACAGCGAUGUUCCUCGCGGGAGGAGCAGCACCAGAAGUCCACCGGACGAGCGAGAUCGCGGCGGUUCCUCAGCAGUGGGGAUCGUCAUACCCACUGGGCCGUCAAGCGGCUCGAACAGCUCCCUCUCACCUCGUAUCACACGCGGUAGGCAAUCUGCUUCCACCCCCUCCCUUCGUCAUGCCGCCUCUGGCCCCACAGCAACAAGUCUCCGUGCUCGUGGUCCAGGCGUGACGAUCGACACGUCCUCUACGUUUUCGAUCGGCGGUGCUCGCAGCUCAGGCUCCCCAACCAGCCAAUCAAGCUCGCACGGCUUCCCCUCCCCAGUCGAUCCCACCCCAAGUCCACCGAUCAACAUCCCCAUGAGCGGUGGGCUGCACCGGAGUACGAGUGGAUCGAAUGUGCGCUUGCUCGCGGGUGAGGAUGGACUGCUGAGUCGGGCGGCGGGUGCGGUCAGCAGAGGAUUUGGUGCCCUCUGGGGUAGCCCGGAGACUUCCAUCACUUCGGAGCGGCGGUGAGCGCAUAAGAUUACCCCUCCCUGCGCACGCUCCCGCUCGCGUUGCGUUUGCACCUUCCUCAGCUAAGGCCGCAGUCCUGCAAGCGCCGCCACAUCAAUUACACUAUUCAUAACUUCAAUUCGCGAAGGGAAGCGCUUACACGGACCCUCCCACCCGCUGUAUUCUGUCAUCUUUUCGAACUGGUUAUCCCGUCUAUUGUAGAUUGCACGUAACCUCGUCAUCUCCCGCAACUAUCCUUCACGACGCGACCCGAAUCCUCUCCAGUAAUGCCUAUAACCGCCAACGACAACCGCAAGCCGCAACGUUUCGGUUUUUCAUCUUUCGUCUUUGUCCUGUAUGUACCUAUCUUUUUGAAGCAUACGCUAGUUACCGAACCGCCCGUGCUCUUUACCUCCCGUCCGGAUAAGUGCGCUGGACUAUUUUUUCCCUUUCUAGCAUGCGUGUCACCCUUUUUCAUGCGAUACAUUUCAGCCCCCUGGAAAUUGGGGCAGUUCUUUCUCUCCCAUGUUUCCCUCUGUUUGUUUUAUUGUCAUCCCCUUGUUUUCUUGCUCAUCAUAUCUCUCGGUUCUGUCUGUUCUCAAUGACGAC